AUGUACUUUUCUACUUCAAGUCUGCCGUUUUCCCCGUUGGUUAAAAGACAAAUAGGUUGGCGUGGUGAACCAGGUAAACCAGAUGAACCACAACAUCGUGUUCAGGGACCUACAACACCUAGUAUGCUUGGUGCGCAAAUAUUGUUUAUUAAAACUUUAAAUACAAUAUGUAUUUUUUUAGCUGCACUCGAUAUUACUUUUCAAUCAUUACCGAAUAAUCACGAUAGUGCUGGUCAAGCACUUGAAACAGCUAAACAUUAUAUGAAAACAGCAAAAGGUCCUCAUGCAUUACUUGUUAAACGAGAAACAUUUUUACCAUAUACAUAA